CUCAGCUCCUCGGUCCAUCCUCACUCCCUCUGUUGCUGCUGAUGCUGCUGCUGCUGCUGGUGCGUCAGGAGCGCAUGAAGGCAGGACGGAGCCGGGGCUUCCCUUCUGUCUGAUGGAGGAGACAGGCUGAGGACAGCGGGUCCAGGCGACAGGGAGGAGAACCAGCGACUCCUCGACAGAGACAGAGGAGCGGAGACAGACAAAGAGUCUCCAUCGUCCAGCCUCGUCCAGUCUGUCGUUCACUUCUCUCUGAUCGUGUCAAACAUGCAAACGUCCAACAGUGUGUAGUUUGUAGAGUGUGUGUGUGUGUGUCUACCUGAGGUGAAGAGAUGGGAUCGGUGGGAGCAGAGAGGCGCAGACCCACUCCUGUCCAGACUCCUGAAGAGAGGGAUGUUUGGCGGGAUGGAGGACGAGCAGGAUGGAGGGAUGCUGGGAGGGAGGGAUGGAGAGAGGGGCGAGAGAGCGGCGUGGUGCAGAGCUACAGCUUCGACUCGUACCAGCUGGAGGAGGAGGAGAUCAAUAAAGACGCCCCAGAGCGAGGUGUCCUGGCUCUGUCCGAACCUGCUCCGACUCAAAACAGAAAUAGUUCUCACGUCAGUCCAGUCAGAACUCCGCUCCAGUCACGGUUCUUCACCCUCCAUCUCUGUGUGUGUGUGUUUGUUCCUGUGGCUGCAGGUUACAUCCUGGCUCUGGGGCCGCUGGUCUUCGUCAGCGUCUUUGACGUGUGGAUGGAGAAGUUCACCACCAGACAGGCUUACAUCAUCAACCUGGUGUCAGUGGGAGUCGUAGCUUUUGGAUGUACAGUGCAGCAGUCUAGCUUCUACGGUUACAUGGGGAUGCUGCCAAAGAGGUACACACAGGGAGUGAUGACUGGAGAGAGUACGGCCGGUGUCAUCAUCUCCCUGUCGCGCAUCUUCACCAAGCUGCUCAUACCUGACGAGAGGAGGAACACACUCAUCUUCUUCCUGGUGUCCAUCAGCAUGGAGAUGCUCUGUUUCCUGCUGCACCUGCUGGUGCGUCGGUCCAGAUUCGUCCGCUACUACACUGACCACGCUCAGGGCAAAGGCCAGGGCAAAGGUCACGACCCGCGGGACAACGGGACAGGAUACAUGGUCCAUCACGACGUGACUGCAGAGGAAGGAAAUGGUGGCGCCGGACCGACACCAACAGAAGAAGGCGUGGAGGACUUUGUUGGUGGAACCUACAUACGAUUUGAUGCCCCUAAAGCCAAGAUAAGGAGGAGUUGGCCUGGAGUCAGGGACAUGAUCGUGCACCGUUACGUGGUGUCCCGUGUGAUCUGGGCCUACAUGCUGUCCAUAGCAGUGACCUACAGCAUCACUCUGUGUUUGUUCCCCGGUCUGGAGUCAGAGAUACGGAACCCCACCCUGGGAGAGUGGCUGCCCAUCCUCAUCAUGGCCACCUUCAACAUGUCAGACUUCGUCGGCAAGAUUCUGGCAGCGCUGCCGUACGAUUGGUCUGGAGGACGCCUGCUCUUCUUCUCCUGCCUGAGGGUGGUCUUCAUCCCCCUCUUUGUCAUGUGCGUUUACCCAGGGGGCGCUCCCACCCUCUCUCACCCAGCCUGGCCCUGCCUGUUCUCCCUUCUGAUGGGAGUCACCAACGGCUACUUUGGUUCCGUGCCCAUGAUUCAGGCCGCGGGGAAAGUUCCGCCUGAACAGCGUGAACUGGCCGGAAACACCAUGACCGUCUCCUACAUGACAGGUCUGAUGGUGGGCUCUGUUGUGGCCUACGCAGCGUACAGCUUCACCUCUCCACAGGCUGGAGCACGACUCCCAGCACUCAACGUGCACAUAUCUGCCAACGGAACGGGCUACUGAGUACAGAUGUACUGUAUACACACACACACACUCACACACACACACACACUCACACACACACACU